CGUUGUCUCUCCUUAGCCAACAAAACUGCACCAUUCAAUUUUUCUCUCUUUUAAAACAAUGCCCACCUCUCCUCACUCUCUCCUGUCGGAGCUUCUCACAUUUGCAGCGGGAUCAUUCCGACCGCCCCCUUUCCGCCAUGGCCCACCAACCUUGCCGGGAAUCCUUCUCUGGCCCCCUCUCUGGUGGUGCCACUAAUAGCGACCUUGCAUGGCCCUUUGGCAAACUCGAUGCCAUUGAUCGAGACGAUAUCCGGGACACGGCAUACGAGAUAUUCUUCACUGCCUGUCGGUCGUCGCCAGGGUUUGGAGGCCGAAAUGCCUUGACAUUUUACUCCUCACAUGAUCAUGGUAAUGGGGAUGGAGCGGGGAGUCCGGGGUCACCAAGUGGGCGGGUCAACGGGGUGGUUACGACUCCGACCAGUCGGAUAAAGCGGGCAUUAGGGUUAAAGAUGAUAAAGAGGUCGCGAUCUCGGAGGAUGUCAUCAAUGAGUUUUGGUGUUAGUGGAGGCGGGUCCACCACACCAUCCUCACCCGUCCACCAUCACCACAGCCACGGCCUUAGCAGUAACUUCCCUUUCUCAACGGUGCCGGCUACGAGACCAAGGCGGCCGCUGACGUCCGCCGAGAUUAUGAGGCAGCAAAUGAAGGUGACAGAGCAGAGCGAUAAUCGGCUACGGAAGACGCUCAUGAGGACCCUUGUUGGUCAAAUGGGUAGGAGAGCAGAGACAAUCAUUCUCCCAUUGGAGCUCCUCCGCCACCUAAAGCCGUCGGAAUUUAACGACUCCCACGAAUACCACAUAUGGCAGAAGCGGCAGCUCAAAAUUUUGGAGGCUGGCCUUCUCCUCCACCCCUCAAUCCCACUAGACAAAUCGAAUCCAUUCGCCAUGCGCCUACGGGAAAUCAUCUGCGGCAGCGACACAAGACCGGUUGACACCGGUAAAAACUCCGAUACGAUGCGAACCCUCUGUAAUUGCGUGGUUUCUCUCUCGUGGCGAAGCACCAAUGGCAACCCCACCGAUGUUUGCCACUGGGCCAAUGGAUUCCCACUCAAUAUCCAUCUCUACGUUGCUCUGCUCCAAGCAAUUUUCGAUAUUCGAGAUGAAACGUUAGUCCUUGACGAGGUUGACGAAUUGCUGGAAUUAAUGAAGAAGACGUGGUCGACAUUGGGGAUUAAUCGGCCGAUCCACAACGCAUGCUUCACUUGGGUGCUUUUCCAACAAUACGUUGCGACGGCCCAGAUGGAGCCUGACCUCCUUGGGGCCGCUUAUGCGAUGCUAGCGGAGGUGGCCACUGACGCCAAGAAACCAAACAGGGAGGCAUCGUACGUGAAAUUACUUUCCUCAAUGCUGACGGCAAUGCAGAAUUGGGCGGAAAGGAGAUUACUUAACUACCAUGAUCAUUUCCUGAGGGGAACGAUUGGCGGAAUCGAGAACCUUCUGUCGUUGGCGUUAUCUGUUACGAAAAUUUUGGGGGAAGAUCUUAGAAUCACAGAAGGAGAAGGGAAAGAGAAAGGAGAUUUCAUGGUUGUUGAGUCCACUAUUGACCGAGUUGAUCAUUACAUUCGAUCUUCUGUGAGAAAUGCGUUUGCAAAGAUAAUAGAAAAUGGGAAUUUCAAGAGUUCAACAAUGGAAGUGAGAGAUCAAGAAGUAAGUGAAGCUUUGCUUCAACUGGCUAAAGAAACAGAGGAUUUGGCUUUGAGAGAAAGGGAAUGUUUUAGUCCCACAUUGAAGAGAUGGCAUCCAGUGGCAACUGGAGUUGCUGCGGUGACGCUACACCAAUGCUAUGAAGUGGUGUUGAAGCAAUACUUGGCUGGAACUGCAAUGCUCAACAAUGAAGUUGUUGGAGUACUGCAAAGAUCCGGGAAGCUUGAAAAGACACUAGUUCAGAUGGUGGUUGAGGAUUCUGAAGAAUGUGAAGAUGGAGGUAAAGGGAUAGUGAGAGAGAUGGUCCCAUAUGAAGUUGAUUCGAUCAUAAUGAGACUGUUGAGACAGUGGAUUGAGGAUAGGUUGAAAAGAGGGAAAGAGUUACUCAACAAAGCAAAAGAAACUGAAACAUGGAAUCCCAAGUCUAAAUCACAGCCCUAUGCACAAUCUGGGGUGGAGCUCAUGAAGCUGGCUGAGGAUAUUGUGAAUGAUUUCUUUGAAAUCCCAAUUGGGAUUAUAGACGGUUUGGUGUUUGAUUUAGCUGAUGGUUUAGAUUUUCUCUUCCAAGAAUAUUGUACCUUCGUUGCGUCACGUGGAUCAAAACAAAAUUAUCUUCCUACACUUCCUCCUUUAACCAGAUGCAGCCGGGGCUCAGCAAUCUUGAAGUUCUGGAAGAAGGCUAGCCCUUGCAAUGUUGGAUUUGAACAUGUGCAUCAGGUUGGAUCAAUGGAAGGCCACCAUGCUCGGCCGUCAACUAGCCGUGGGACCCAGCGCCUGUAUAUACGCCUCAACACCCUACAUUACAUCCUCUCCCACCUUCAUUCUCUUGAAAAAACCCUGACCCUUUCCCCAAGAGUAGUUUCCUCCACACGAAACCGCUCUAUUAGCAACAAUAAGCGUCAGAGCAGCUCAUCCUCAUAUUUUGAAAACACCCACGAAUCAAUCCAAACUGCCUGCGAGCAUCUGUCUGAAGUUGCUGCCUACCGCCUAAUCUUUCUUGACUCAAAUUCAGUAUUCUAUGAAAGUCUCUAUGUUGGUGAUGUAACCAAUGCUAGAAUUAGACCAACAUUGAGAACUCUGAAGCACAAUCUAACUCUACUGACUGCUAUCCUAACAGACCGAGCUCAAGCUUUAGCAAUGAAGGAAGUAAUGAAGGCAUCCUUUGAAGCAUUCAUGAUGGUUUUGCUUGCCGGAGGUUCUUCCCGGCUCUUUAACAGGUCUGAUCACGAGAUGAUUGAGGAAGAUUUCGAAAGCUUGAAAAGGGUUUUCUGCUCUUGUGGUGAAGGAUUGAUAUCUGAGGAUAUAGUUGACAGGGAAGCUGAGGUAGUAGAAGGGGUGAUAUACCUUAUGGGACAAUCUAUAGAACAACUAAUAGAGGAUUUCAGCAUUAUUACUUGUGAAACAAGCGGUAUGGGAUUCAUCGGAACAGGGCAAAAACUACCAAUGCCACCAACAACAGGGCGGUGGAACAUGUCAGAUCCAAACACAAUUUUGAGAGUGUUGUGUCACAGAAAAGAUCGACUCGCAAAUCAGUUCUUGAAGAAGUCAUUCCAAUUAGCAAAACGGAGAUGAAAAGGAAAGAGAAGUUUUUCUAUUUUGUAUGAAAGCAAAAACGAUUGUGUUUAUGGUGAAUUUCCAAUGCUGAUUUUUGUCCAGCUAUGUAAAAAUGUAAAUGAUGAACAUCAGAGAGGGCACUGAUUUGGGAUUCACAUAACUUAAAUAUGAUAUCAUCUUCAAGAUCUUGCUGGAGGCAAGAGAGACCACUGUACUAUUCUACUUUUUUUUUUUAAUCUUGAUUCUGUAUAGCAAGU